GCCAUUUGGGCCAAUACAAACCCAACUUGUUGCUACGUCGUUCUAAGCCCAUUUUUUUGCUACUCACCGUCGUCGUCGUUUCAUUCUUCCGGCCACCAGUCAAACAAGAAAACAAGUUCAAGGCUUUACAGAAAACUAAACCUUUCUUUCUCACUAUCAAAUUCUUCAACCAAUAACCCCUACCAUUUUCUUCUAUCAUAUCACAAAAGUAUUCUAUGCAGAUGCGCUUGAGUUAGGGUUUUGGUUUUCUUUGGUUCAAUGGCGACGAAUUCUUCGUCUCUUCGCUUUGGACCCGUUACUGGUGGUUAUGGAAAUCUCGAUGCUCUCAAUCGCGUCCUGUCUGAUCUUUGCAUUAAGGGAAACCCUAAGGAGGGUGCUUCAUCUGCUCUGAGGAGGCAUAUUGAAGAAGCAGCUCAUGAUCUCAGUGGAGAAGCAUUUUCGCGUUUCAUGGAUCAGCUCUAUGAUAGAAUAUCGAGUCUCUUAGAAAGUGCCGAUGUUGCUGAAAAUUUGGGAGCUUUAAGAGCCAUUAAUGAGCUUAUUGAUUUGCCUCUUGGUGUGAGUGCAUCAAGAGUUUCAAGAUUCUCUAAUUAUAUUCGUACUGUUUUUGAGCUGAAGCGUGAACGUGAAAUAUUAGUCCUUGCGAGUAGAGUGCUUGGUCACCUAGCCCGUGCAGGAGGGGCAAUGACGGCUGAUGAAGUGGAACACCAGAUAAGAAGUGCAUUGGAUUGGUUACGUGGAGAACGAGUUGAGUAUCGUCGGCUUGCAGCGGUCUUAAUUUUGAAAGAAAUGGCUGAAAAUGCUUCAACUGUUUUCAAUGUUCAUGUGCCAGAAUUUGUGGAUGCCAUUUGGGUGGCCCUAAGGGAUCCUUCAUUGGAUAUUCGGGAGCGUGCAGUGGAAGCAUUACGUGCUUGUCUUCGUGUUAUUGAGAAACGUGAGACACGUUGGCGUGUUCAAUGGUACUAUCGCAUGUUUGAGGAAACUCAAGAGGGCCUAAGAAGAAAUGCUCCUGUUCAUAGCAUACACGGUUCCUUGCUUGCCGUUGGGGAGCUCUUGAGAAAUUCUGGCGAGUUUAUGAUGUCAAGAUAUAGGGAAGUUGCGGAAAUCGUUCUCAGAUAUCUGGAGCAUCGUGAUCGACUAGUUCGUCUUAGCAUAACUUCUUUGCUUCCUCGCAUCGCCCAUUUCCUUCGUGAUCGAUUUGUGACUAAUUAUUUGACGAUAUGCAUGGAACAUAUUCUUGCUGUUCUCAGGAUACCUGCUGAGCGGGCAAGUGGUUUUAUUGCUCUUGGGGAGAUGGCUGGUGCCUUGGACGGGCAACUUAAAAACUAUUUGCCGACAAUAAUACCUCACUUACGUGAUGCUAUUGCUCCUCGUAGAGGAAGGCCUUCUCUGGAGGCUUUGGUCUGUGUUGGCUGCAUUGCAAAAGCAAUUGGUUUAGAAUUGGAGUCUGAUAUUCGUGGCCUCUUAGAUGCAAUGUUUUCUGCUGGUCUUUCAUCUCAGCUUGUAGAAGCGCUAGAGCAAAUUGGCCUCAGCAUUCCUUCAUUGCUUCCAACAAUCCAAGGUCGAUUGCUUGAAUGCAUUUCUGUAGCUCUUUCAAGAACUCAUCAUUCUCAGGUGAGGCCAGCUGUGACAGGUCGAGCAAAUGUGGUCAAUAUGCCUCCUAUGGUUUCAGAUGUCUCUAGCCCUGCUGUUGUGCAACUUGCUUUGCAGACUCUUGCACAUUUUAAUUUCAAGGGCCAUGAUCUUCUUGAGUUGGCAAGAGAAUUGGUUAUAUCUUACUUGGAAGAUGAGGAUGCAGUGACAAGGAAAGGUGCUGCAUUAUGCUGUUGCAGAUUAGUUGCAAAUUCUAUCUUUGGCACAUCUUCUCAGUUCAGUUCCACUAGAACUAACCGAACUGUAGGAAGGAGAAGACGUCUCAUUGAGGAGAUUGUGGAAAAGCUGUUAAUGGCUGCUGUGGCUGAUGCUGAUGUUAGUGUAAGGCUUUCAAUAUUCCAGUCCGUGCAUGAAGAGGGAGGUUUUGAUGAUUUUUUGGCGCAAGCUGAUAGUUUAAGUGCUAUCUUUGCGGCUUUAAAUGAUGAGGAUUUUCAAGUUCGUGAAUAUGCAAUCUCUGUCGCUGGUCGUUUGUCUGAAAAGAAUCCUGCAUAUGUUCUCCCAGCUCUGCGUCGUUAUCUCAUACAGCUGCUCACUUAUCUAGAGCAAAGUGUGGAUAGCAAAUGCAGAGAAGAAAGUGCAAAAUCAUUGGGUUGCUUAAUACGUAACUGUGAACGUUUAAUACUCCCAUAUAUUGCUCCCAUACAUAAGGCCUUAGUUGCAAAACUUCGUGAGGGAUCAACGUUAAGUGCUAAUACUGGCAUUAUCACAGGUGUAUUGAUUACUGUUGGAGAUCUGGCUAGAGUGGGUGGCUUUGCCAUGAGACAAUAUAUACCUGAACUUAUGCCAUUGAUAGUAGAUGCUUUGCUGGAUGGAGCAGCUGUCACAAAACGAGAAGUGGCUGUUGCAACCCUUGGACAAGUAGUACAGAGCACUGGGUAUGUCAUUGCUCCUUAUAAUGAUUACCCUCAGUUGCUUGGAUUACUCCUAAAAUUGCUUAAUGGUGACUUGGCAUGGUCAACUAGACGGGAAGUUCUGAAGGUUCUUGGUAUCAUGGGUGCAUUGGACCCCUAUGUUCAUAAGCGAAAUCAACCAAACCUUCCUGGAUCUCAUGGGGAAGUUACGCAUACGAACACUGAAACAGGUCAGCACAUUCGGUCCAUGGAUGAUCUCCCUAUGGACCUUUGGCCAUCUUUUACGACAUCAUCAGAAGACUAUUACUCAACGGUUGCUAUUAAUUCCCUCAUGCGGGUUCUUAGGGAUCCUUCACUUUCUAGCUACCACCAAAAAGUAGUGGGAUCUCUCAUGUUCAUAUUUAAGUCUAUGGGACUUGGUUGUGUGCCAUACCUGCCGAAGGUGUUGCCGGAUCUCUUCCAAAUUGUUCGUGCAUGUGAUGAUAAUUUGAAGGAUUUUAUCACUUGGAAAUUUGGAACAUUGGUGUCUAUUGUUCGUCAGCAUAUCCGUAAGUAUCUUUCGGAUCUGCUUGCUCUUAUUUCUGAGCUUUGGUGUUCCUUUACUUUGCCAGCUGCCAACCGUUCCGUGCGUGGUUUACCUGUUUUACAUUUGGUAGAACAACUAUGUGUGGCAUUAAACGAUGAAUUUAGGACAUAUCUUCCUGCUAUUCUUCCUUGCUGCAUACAAGUUCUGAGUGAUGCAGAGAAAUGUAAUGAUUAUACUUACGUUCCAGAUAUUCUCCACACUCUUGAAGUAUUUGGAGGAACACUGGAUGAACAUAUGCAUCUACUUCUUCCAGCACUUAUCCGUCUGUUCAAAGUUGAUGCCUCGGUGGAUAUAAGACGUGCAUCCAUCAAGACUCUUACUAGAUUGAUUCCUCGAGUUCAGGUUACUGGUCAUAUAUCAUCUCUUGUUCACCACUUGAAGCUUAUCUUGGAUGGGAAGAAUGAUGAACUCCGAAAGGAUGCUGUUGAUGCACUUUGUUGUCUCGUCCAUGCUCUUGGCGAGGACUUUGCUAUUUUCAUCCCUUCUAUUCACAAGCUUUUGGUGAAACAUAGGCUCCGGCACAAAGAAUUUGAAGAAAUAGAAGGACGAUUCCGGCGGCGAGAACCUUUAAUUUCCGGAAGUACAGCUGCUCAAAGAUUAAGUAGAUGCCUUCCUGUAGAAGUUAUUACGGAUCCUGUGAAUGAUGUAGAAUACGACCCCUACAGCGAUGGAAGCGACAUGCUCCGAGAUGUCAGAAGCCAUCAGGUUAAUGAUGGUCGCUUACGUACUGCUGGGGAGGCUUCUCAACGCAGUACCAAAGAAGAUUGGGCAGAAUGGAUGAGGCAUUUCAGUAUUGAACUGCUUAGAGAAUCUCCUUCGCCAGCUUUGCGAACUUGUGCUAGGCUUGCACAAUUACAACCUUUUGUAGGGAGAGAACUAUUUGCUGCUGGUUUUGUCAGUUGUUGGGCUCAACUCAAUGAGACAAGUCAAAGACAAUUAGUUCGACAACUGGAGACAGCAUUUUCUUCGCCUAACAUUCCCCCUGAGAUAUUGGCGACUCUUCUGAAUUUGGCAGAGUUCAUGGAACAUGAUGAAAAACCUCUUCCUAUUGAUAUACGUCUUCUUGGAGCUCUUGCAGAGAAGUGUAGAGCAUUUGCAAAGGCACUGCAUUACAAGGAAAUGGAAUUUGAAGGUCCACGAUCUAGAAACAUGGAUGCAAACCCAGCUGCUGUUGUUGAAGCACUUAUACAUAUCAACAACCAAUUGCAUCAGCAUGAGGCUGCUGUAGGAAUUUUGACCUAUGCACAACAGAAUUUGGAUGUUCAAUUGAAGGAGUCAUGGUAUGAAAAGUUACAACGAUGGGAUGAUGCUCUGAAGGCAUACACUUCAAAAGCAGCUCAAGCAACAAAUGCUCAAGCUUUGCAGGAAGCAACAUUAGGGCGAAUGAGAUGUCUUGCAGCACUAGCCCGUUGGGAGGAGCUCAACAAUCUGUGCAAGGAGUAUUGGACUCCAGCUGAGCAAGCAGCCAGAUUGGAGAUGGCGCCAAUGGCUGCUAGUGCUGCUUGGAACAUGGGUGAGUGGGAUCAAAUGGCAGAGUACGUUAAAAGCCUUGAUGAUGGAGAUGAAACUAAAUCUCGUGUUUUGGGAAAUACAUCUGCCACCGGUGAUGGAAGCAGUAAUGGUACAUUCUACCGGGCUGUUUUGUUAGUUCGACAAGGGAAGUAUGACGAAGCCCGAGAAUAUAUUGAGAAGGCAAGAAAUUGUUUGGCCACAGAGCUGGCUGCUCUGGUUUUGGAGAGUUAUGAACGUGCAUACAGCAAUAUGGUUCGUGUUCAACAAUUGUCAGAAUUGGAGGAGGUUGUUGAUUAUAUUACCCUAUUUGGUAAUCCAGGCGCGGAAGGGCGUCGCACACUGAUUAGAAAUAUGUGGACUCAGCGCAUACAUGGAGUGAAGCGUAAUAUCGAGGUUUGGCAAGCUCUAUUGGUUGUGAGAGCACUUGUCCUGCCUCCACAAGAAGAUAUCGAAACUUGGUUGAAAUUUUCAACUCUCUGCAGGAAAAGUGGGCGGAUUAGUCAAGCCAAAUCUACAUUGAUUAAACUUUUACAGUAUGAUCCUGAAACAUCUCCAAGAAAUCUACAUUAUCGUGGACCGCCUCAGGUGAUGCUUGCAUACCUGAAGUAUUUAUGGUCACUUGGGGAAGAUCACAAGCGAAGGGAUGCAUUUGCAAGGUUGAAGGAUUUAGCAAUCGAUCUUUCUAAUGCGUCAAAUAUUUCAACCACCUCUCAAAUGAUGUUGACAAAUGCCUCAACCCCGGGCACUCAUCUUAUUGCUCGAGUAUAUCUCAAACUUGGCACUUGGCAACGUGAACUCACUCCUAUACUUGAUGAUGAAUCUAUCCAAGCCAUAAUAGGUGCAUUAGGAAAUGCCACGCAAUGUGCACCUAAAUGGGGGAAAGCUUGGCACUCUUGGGCUCUGUUCAAUACUGCUGUGAUGUCACAUUAUACUCUUAGAGGUUAUGCAAGUACUGCAGGACAGUUUGUAGUUGCAGCUGUCACCGGAUAUUUCCACUCUAUAGCAUGUGCUGCGAAUUCUAAAGGUGUUGAUGACAGUUUGCAGGACAUACUUCGUCUUCUCACAUUGUGGUUCAACCACGGGUCAACAGCUGAAGUUCAAAUGGCUCUCCAAAAGGGAUUUCAGCUUGUCAGUAUAGACACUUGGCUGGUUGUUUUACCUCAAAUUAUUGCCCGGAUACACUCUAACAAUCAUGCUGUUAGAGAACUUAUACAGUCACUUCUAGUUCGGAUUGGACAAAGCCAUCCUCAGGCUCUUAUGUAUCCUCUCCUUGUGGCAUGCAAAUCAAUAAGUGAUCUGCGCAGAGCUGCAGCUCAAAGAGUUGUUGACAGAGUAAGGCAGCACAGCAGUGCACUUGUUGAUGAGGCUCAACUUGUAUCAAAGGAGUUAAUUAGGGUGGCAAUAUUAUGGCAUGAACUGUGGCAUGAAGGAUUAGAAGAAGCUAGUCGUCUUUACUUUGGUGAGCAUAAUAUUGAGGGUAUGCUAAAGGUCCUUGAGCCGUUGCAUGACAUGCUAGAGGAAGGUGCGAUGAAGAGUAACACCACCAUUAAUGAGAUGACUUUCAUUCAGACAUACCGUCAGGACUUGCUUCAAGCCUACGAAUGCUGCAUGAGAUAUAAGACCACGGGGAAAGAUGCAGAACUUACUCAGGCUUGGGACCUUUACUAUCAUGUCUUCAGAAGGAUAGAUAGGCAGCUUCAAUCACUUACCACCCUUGACUUGCAGUCUGUUUCACCUGAGUUGCUGAGUUGCCGCAACUUGGAACUUGCAGUGCCUGGAACCUAUCGUGCUGAUGCACCGGUGGUGACAAUUUUGACAUUUGCACCUCAACUCACUGUGAUGACUUCUAAGCAACGGCCUCGUAAGUUGACAAUUCAUGGAAGUGAUGGAGAGGACUAUGCUUUCUUGCUGAAGGGACAUGAAGACCUGCGGCAAGAUGAACGUGUCAUGCAGCUUUUUGGUUUGGUAAAUACUCUUCUAGAAAAUUCUCGAAAAACCUCAGAAAAAGAUCUCGCUAUCAAACGAUAUUCGGUCAUUCCCUUAUCCCCUAACAGUGGACUAAUUGGAUGGGUGCCUAAUUGUGAUACUUUGCAUCACCUUAUACGAGAGUACAGGGAUGCAAGAAGGAUCACCUUGAAUCAAGAACACAGGUUGAUGCUCAGUUUUGCUCAAGACUAUGACCAUCUGCCACUCAUAUCUAAAGUAGAAGUUUUUGAUUAUGCUCUCCAAAACACUGAAGGAAAUGAUUUAGCAAAGGUCCUUUGGUUAAAAAGUCGCACUUCAGAAGUUUGGCUGUAUAGACGAACUAAUUAUACAAGAAGUUUGGCAGUGAUGAGCAUGGUUGGUUACCUUUUAGGGCUGGGUGAUCGACACCCAAGUAACCUUAUGCUACAUCGUUACAGUGGGAAAAUACUGCAUAUUGAUUUUGGGGACUGCUUUGAAGCAUCUAUGAAUCGAGAGAAAUUUCCUGAAAAGGUGCCUUUUCGCUUGACCAGAAUGCUUGUAAAAGCUAUGGAAGUCAGUGGGAUAGAGGGGACCUUUCGCACAACAUGUGAAAAUGUGAUGCAAGUUCUUAGAACAAAUAAGGAUAGUGUCAUGGCUAUGAUGGAGGCAUUUGUCCAUGAUCCUCUUAUUAACUGGCGUCUUUUCAACUUCAAUGAAGUCCCACAAAUGUCUACUCUUGGCAGCACUCAUAUUGCUGCUGGCGUCGGUAGUGAAGAAUCUUCUACAAGUAACAAUAACAAUCUCUCUCAUCCUCAGCGCGGUGCUCGAGAGAGAGAACUAUUGCAGGCUGUUAAUCAACUUGGUGAUGCUAAUGAGGUUCUAAAUGAGCGUGCUGUGAUGGUAAUGGCUCGAAUGAGUAACAAGCUAACUGGGCGAGACUUUUCUGCAGCUUCUUCAUCUACUGGCGCUACUCAACAUGGUGCAGAUAACAGUAACUUGGCAUCAGGAGAUGCUCGUGAAGUUGAACAUGGCUUGUCUGUCAAACUACAGGUUCAGAAGCUGAUAGCUCAGGCUACUUCGUAUGAAAAUUUAUGCCAAAAUUAUGUCGGGUGGUGCCCGUUUUGGUGAUCUACGAUAAAUACAGCGUAAGUUGUCUAUGGUGUACAUGCGUCUGUUCGUCUCUUUUUUUCAUCUCCCAUUUCUGUAUCAUUGCAAUGUAGGUUGUGGUUGUAUAUAUGAACACAAUAUGUAUAUAGAAGUAUAUUUUUAUCAUAGGAGUAGAAUUGCUUGUACAGAAGAAAUGUCAUAAUGCAAUGAGCUAGGGAACUACAGACUUCUGUGAAGAACAUCUGUGUUCCAAUUCAAAUAAUUAGUUGCCAAAUUUAUCUGUUUGAAAUAUUUGGCAACCUUUUAUUUUUAUUUACCAAAUUGUUACUGUACAAGUUCUAUUUUUUUCAUUUUUGUAUAAAAUGGACUUUAUAUUGGUA